AUGGAAGUGAGCUGUUGUCUUGUUUUAAAGCCCACACCACCUGAGCCAGAGGCCACACCCCCAGUGAAGGCGGAGCCAGAGAGUGCCCCGCCCCCUGCUGAAGAACUGGAGGAGACUUGGGAAGAGAAAGAAGAUAAACUUGAUGCUGAAAACAUCAAACCAGAGAGUCCCACCCUGAGUUCACCCACCGAACAGAAAUACCAGUAUAAAGAAGAACAAUGGAAACCCCUGAACCCCGAGGAGAAGAAGAAAUACGACCGGGAGUUUCUGCUCGGCUUCCGGUUCAUCAACGCCAGCAUGCACAAACCUGAGGGUCUGCCGCAGAUCUCAGACGUGGUGCUGGAUAAGGCCAAUAAAGCUCCUCUGCGGCAGCUGGAUCUGAGUCGUUUGCCCGGAAUGAACUGUGGUCCGGAUUUCACACCUUCGUUUGCUAAUCUCGGCCGUCCGUCAGCCGGCGGGCGUGGCCCGCCGUCUGGUCUGAGUGGUCCUCGUCGUUCAGGUCAGGGUCAGCGCGGGAAAGAGCCGCGGAAGAUCAUCGCUAGUGUUUCCCUCACCGAAGACGUGCAGCUGAAUAAAGCAGAGAAGGCCUGGAAACCGAUGGGGAAGCGCAGCGGCCGCGCCGACGAGGAUGAGCCCGAGUUCCUGAAGACGCAGGAGCUGUUCAAACGCGUGCGGAGCGUGCUGAACAAACUGACGCCGCAGAUGUUCCAGCCGCUGAUGAAGCAGGUGACGGAGCUCACCAUCGACACCGAGGAGCGUCUGAAGGGAGUCAUCGACCUCAUCUUCGAGAAGGCCAUCUCUGAGCCCAACUUCUCUGUCGCCUACGCCAACAUGUGCCGCUGCCUGAUGGGGCUGAAAGUCCCCACCUCAGAUAAUCCUGGAGUGACGGUGAAUUUCAGGAAGCUGCUGCUGAAUCGUUGUCAGAAAGAGUUUGAGAAGGACAAAGAUGAUGAUGAAACGUUUGAGAAGAAACAGAAGGAGCUGGAUGCCGCCACAGUGGAAGAGGAGAAGCAGAGGUUGAAGGAGGACCUUGAGGACACCAAAGACAAAGCCCGGCGACGGUCGCUAGGCAACAUCAAGUUCAUCGGCGAGCUGUUCAAGCUGAAGAUGCUGACGGAGACCAUCAUGCACGACUGCAUCGUGAAGCUGCUGAAGAACCACGACUUGGAGAGUCUGGAGUGUCUCUGCCGCCUGCUCUCCACCAUCGGGAAAGACCUGGACUUCGAGAAGGCCAAGGUGACACUCGUGCAUUACACAACAUCUCAUGCAGCAACCAUAGCAGGAAGAGAGAGAGAGAUCUCCAAGAAGGGCAGUGCAGGAGGAGGAGGAGGAGGGGUGGGGCCCCGUGGAGGCCCCCACACAGCCGGUUCCCGUGGCAACCAGGCCCCUGACGACGGCUGGAACAUGGUGCCCAUUUCCACCAAGAACAGACCCAUCGACCCGACGCGUCUCAGCAAGAUCACCAAGCCGGGCGCUCUGGACUUCAGUAGUCAGCUUCUUGCCCCCGGAGGCAAAGGCUCGUGGGGCAGCUGGGGCAAAGGCAGCAGCGGGGGCUCCGGAGCCAAACCCGGCGACAGCACCCAGGAUUCUGGUCGUACCAGCACUUUGAACCGCUUUUCAGCACUUCAGCAGCCUUCCUCCUCUUCAUCUUCAUCAUCAUCCGCCAACAUCGACUCUGACAGGAGGGUUCCUCACAGGUCAGAGGGAUUUCCUGGGAUGGACCGGAACCGUCCCGCGGCCGGCAAGCGCAGCUUCAGCCGUGAACAGGAGGAGAGGAGUCGGGAUCGAGCGAUGGUGCGACGCGUCUCCAGCAUCACAGACGAGCGAGAACACGCAGUGAAGAGAGAAACUGUUCCCACUCCUCCACCUGCUUCCUCCAAACCGGCGCUGACGGAGGACGAGCUGGAGAAGAAAUCCACUGCCAUCAUCGAGGAGUAUCUGCACAUCAAUGACAUGAAGGAGGCGCUGCAGUGCGUCUGUGAGCUGAGAUGCUCGUCUCUGCUGUCUGUGUUCGUUCGGACGGGAAUCGAGUCGACGCUGGAGCGCAGCACCAUUGCUAGAGAACACAUGGGUUUACUGUUUCACCAGCUCGUCAAAACACAAACAAUGUCCACACAACAAUACUACAAAGGGCUGUUGGAGGUGCUGGAGGUUGCGGAGGACAUGGCGAUAGAUAUUCCUCACAUCUGGCUGUAUCUGGCUGAGCUCAUCAGUCCCAUGCUGCACGAGGGAGGGAUUCCCAUGGGGCCGCUCUUCAGGGAGGUGUCUAAACCGCUGGUGCCUCUUGGGAAGGCUGGAGUUCUGCUGGUGGAGAUCCUCAAGCUGCUCUGUAAAGCAAUGAGUCAUAAGAAGGUGGGAGCGAUGUGGAGAGAUGCGGCGCUGAGCUGGAAAGACUUCCUGCCCGAAGACGAGGACGCCAAUAAGUUUGUCACCGAAGAGGGAGUGGAGUUCACUCUGGGUGGGGAGUGUGUGAGGAAGAGCAGUAAAGUUACUCUGAGUCCAGAAGACAUUUCUAGAGAGCUGGAGCGACUCCUGCAGGAGAAAGCAGACAACCAGAGGAUCUUUGACUGGGUGGAGGCCAAUCUGGACGAGCAGCAAACAGCAUCGAACACGUUUGUCCGGCCGCUGAUGACUGCUGUCUGUCAGUCUGCCAUCAUCUGUGAGAAUCCAUAUAAAGUAGACACUAAAGAAAUGACGCAGAGGGCCAAGCUGCUGCAGCGCUACAUUAAAGAUGAGCAGAAGGAGCUGCAGGCGCUCUACGCCUUACAGAGUCUGAUGAUGCAGAUGGAGCAGCCGCCAAAUCUGCUGCGCAUGUUCUUCGACGUCUUGUAUGACGAGGACGUCAUCAAAGAGGAUGGCUUUUACCGGUGGGAGUCCAGCAAAGAUCCCGCCGAGCAGCAAGGCAAGGGCGUGGCCCUCAAAUCCGUCACCGCCUUCUUCACCUGGCUGCGCGAGGCCGAGGACGAAUCAGACAACAGCUAGAGCUUAGGCCACACCCACUGCAGAGAUGAUUGACAUGAUGAAGGGCAAGAAAAAACUAUAUUUUGAAAAAAAAAAGGAAGAAUGAGACAUUGGGUAGAUUUUCGACGCCUUUAUACUUUUUGUUUUGCCUUUCCGUUUGCGCAAAAAAAAAAAAAA